ACAUCGUUGGACAUGCUGAAGAAGCACUUCGGCACGCGCCACGUCAGCCGGUCGGCGCUGGUGUGCUCCAAGUGCGGCCAGCGCUUCAGCAAGCUGGAGGCGGUGCAGCUGCACAUCCGCCGCAGUCACGUGGGCCGGCCCGAGUGCAGCGAGUGCGGCUUCAGCUUCAUGUCGGUGCGCGCGCUCAGCGUGCACCUGAGCAAGGCGCACCACAUCUCCAGUCGGCCGGAGCCGGGCCGGCCCAGCUAGCCGGGCCCGCCGAUCCGCCGCCGGCUGCCCCCCGCUCCCACCGGGCACGCCGACGCCGCCGCCGCCGCCGCCGACCCGUUGUGUGGCGGGUGUUCCCGUUUACAAUGCCACGAAUAUGUUGUGGCAGUAGUGUGUCAGUGUGAAAUAAUUUUGGAGCGCUCUUGACCGGUCUUGUCACGCACUUGACUUUUGUACGCAUGUUUGAUUUUAUUCGGGCGACAUGCACAAGUGCUUUUGUAUAUUGAUAUGCCUUUGUAAGUUUUGGGGUGAUAUGUGGGAGGUGAUCGAAUACACCGGAAAAGGCAAUUCAACCUCACCAUCGCCUGCUCAUUUGAGAGAAUCCUCGUGGACAUUACAUCAUGAAAACGUCGCCUCGGUCCCGUUAUCCGGUCGUUCACACUCAGCUCUAACACCAUGGGCCAUGCUGCGACCAUAUUUGACCGU